AUGGAUCCCCACCAACGCGGUCGCUCGCCUUCUGCAGGCCAGCACAAUCAUAUAAGACACAGCCCUUCCCCAUCCCCUCAUCCGCCUUUCAAUACAAACUCUGGUUUGGGCCUCGAUCAAUCGCUGUCCAACAACGACCCCUACGUCAGCUUCAACUCCACCACCGUCACCUCUGCGGGACAACCCUUCGACCCGUCCUCGCAGUACCUCACCACCACUCAGUCCCCACAGUUCCCUCAAACCACAUCUCUUGAUAGCAACAACUUCCUUCAGUCCAGUCCGGGCCUUGCGCAUCAAUCUGCUAGCCCACACUUUGCGCCGCAAGGCAACCACCUCUCGCCCGACGCCCUCGACAUCACCAACAGCAACGCCGACUUCAACAACUAUUUCACGAGCAACAACGCAAAUCAAGACCAAGCGAUCGACCCGUCGUUCUUGAAUAGCACCCUCGACCCCCAGCUACUCGAUUCUCAACCACAGAACCAGUCCGUCAAUCCGUCUGAUCUUAUGAACCAGAUGGCGACCGCACAAGCGCAUUCGCCUACCCCUCCUCACAUGCUCCACGCCAACAUGAACCACACGAGCCCGAGCCCGCAUGCCUCCCCGAACCUCAACCAGGGCGCGUUUCCCUCCCCUGGACACUCGCGUCAUGCAUCGUUAGACCCAAAUGCUGCUUUUGCGCAAGGUCAGGGCAAUGAAUGGAACAACAUGGCGGCCUUCCGUGGGCACCGAAGGGCUCCCUCAGAAACAUACUCGGACGUUUCUUCAGCACAUGCAUCACCAUAUCUCGGUAACAACGACAACUUCGACGAGAAUCCCUCUCCGCUCUUGAAUCCCCAGCAAGACCCUUCUUUGUUCUCAGAGGUCAUGCAAUUCAGUCAGUUCAACUUGAACGAUAACCAACAGUCACACAUUAGUCCAGGACACAGCCCCCACAUCUCCCCGCGCCUGAUACCCCAACAGCAGCAAUCUCUUCCUCACUUUGCGCCCCAGAGCUUUGGUCUUGAGCAAGGCAUGGGCAUCUAUCACCCAGGGCAGCCACAGGAGCCAUUCCCUAACAUCAACCAAGCUGGCCCCGAGUUUGGGGGUCAAGCUGACACGAUGUCGCCGCCCGAGAUCAACAUUGACUUUGCUCCUCCCUCCCGACAAGCCAGCUUUGAGCCGCCAAAGCCAGCAAAUUCAGCAGAUGCUCUUAGCCCACCUGAUCGAUCUCGCAGCCGGAAUAGGAUACGUGCCAAAUCCGACCCUUUCAGCAGUGCUAGCUCUCGUGCAUCCACGCCCGGCUCCGACUUCAAUAGAUCUCUUUCCCCUCACGAUGCCAAAUCUCGCUCACCGUCUCCGUCCAAUAAGUCCUCGCGUCGUUCUUCCACCUCGAGCGUACCCAACCGUGACUAUAUCCUCGACCUCGCAGAUCCCACAAGACCUGCCUCGAACUCGCCCGGUGAUGGGUCCGGUGGCGCCAAGCGAACACAGAAGCAUCCGGCCACAUUCCAAUGCACCCUCUGUCCUAAACGAUUCACCCGUGCCUACAAUCUUCGGUCUCAUCUGCGCACUCACACUGAUGAGCGGCCAUUCGUUUGCAGCGUGUGUGGAAAAGCAUUCGCGCGUCAACAUGAUCGCAAACGACACGAGGGUCUUCACUCCGGUGAGAAGAAGUUCGUCUGCCGUGGUGUUCUGAAGGAGGGCGGCAGCUGGGGCUGCGGAAGGCGAUUCGCUCGUGCCGAUGCUUUGGGUCGCCAUUUCCGAUCAGAGGCUGGGCGCGUCUGCAUUCGACCUCUCUUGGAAGAAGAGGCACAAGAGAAGGGCGGCUGGGAGAACCAAAAUCAAAACGCCGGCAAUGCCAACGGAAUGUUUGCCAACCCCAUGGCCCCUCAGCAAUUUGGAGGCAUGAUGCCAGCACCGCAGCCUGGGUUUGAGCAGUUCCCCCAGAUGGGUGGCAUGGACCCUAAUAUUGCGCCGGGCAUGCAAGCUCCUCAGUACGGUCUCCCUGCGGCCCUGCUUGCUCAGUACCCUGCUCUUGCUGGAAUCCAGUGGGAUGCACUCCCUCCUGGUGCACCCGAAGAGGUAGAGGGCGAUAUUAGUGGCCGAAGCAGUUUCGAUGCUUCUAGUGGAGGCGAACUUUUCGAGGACGACGAGGGUGCUCCGCACCCAAUCUACACAGGGGGCUGGGCAAGUGAUUACGAGGCCAACGCUCGAUGA